UUGACAUCGGGACCACCUGAAGACAAAUUGUGUAUGCUAUGCGCAUCGCAGUGCCGACGAGUGCACUAUUUACCAGCAGAUGAUCAGAUGUAUGAAUCCUAUAUAUACAGAUGCACCCUGUGCCUUACCAAGGCAGUUUGUAUAUAUCUCUGAAGAAGUGACCUAAUGCAAUGGUUACGCGCGUCGCAACAUGUCUAAAUUGAGAGCGAGAAUGCCUCUAAAAAUCCAAAAUUUAGUCAUUGCGCAUCAACAUAACAUCAAUUAAUUUUAUGUGAAAGCACCAUCUGGGCUUUUACCACGACAGAGACGCGCGCGUCUACAAAAGUCGCACGGGGGAAUCCCGAGGAAAGAACUCCUUAGGCUGUAAUUGUAUUCUCGUCAUGCACCGCUCGAGCUCCUCGUCCUGCUUGAUAUCUAUCACCAAGGUCCUGACCUCUUACGUCAGCCGAGGCUGGCACGACCGAGCCCUCGCUCUCUUCCACCACAUGCACUCCUCCCUCGCCCUCCCUCUCGACCCCUUCGUCUUCUCCUCGGUCCUCAAGUCUUGCGCCGCCAUCUCCCGCCCUCAGCUGGGCGCUUCCAUCCAUGCCCACGUCGUCAAAUCGGCCAUUUUGUCGAGCCACUUCGUGGCGUGCUGUCUCGUCAACGCGUACGGGAAAUGCGUUUCUGUCUCGGCCGCCCGCCACCUGUUCGACGAAAUUACCCACAGAAAUGCUUUUGUGUGGAAUACUAUGAUUUCGCUUUACUCGCACGCUAACCAAGUUGAUGACGCCUUGCUGUUAUUUGAGGUCAUGGAUGUUGUGCCUGAUGCUUCCACGUUUAAUUCGAUCAUCGCAGGAUUAUCGUCAUCUGAUGAAGGUUCUUCCAAGGCAAUUAUGUUUUAUUGGCGAAUGUGGGAAUUGGGUUUGAAGCCGGAUCUUAUAACAUUGCUUGCGCUAUUGCCUGCAUGUGAGGGCAUGGCAGCUCUGAGUUUGGUUAAGGAAAUCCAAGGUUAUGGGAUAAGAAACCACAUUGAUCCUCACCAUCAGUUGAGAAGCGGCCUCGUGGAGGCUUACGGGCGAUGUGGGUGUCUCAGUUAUGCCUGUGCUGUUUUUGAUAAUACAAAGGAGAGAGAUGUGGUGGCAUGGAGCAGCUUGAUAUCAGCCUAUGCACUUAAUGGGGAGGCAAGAGCUGCGCUGGAGAUUUUCUGGCAGAUGGAGCAGGCAAGUGUGCAACCUGAUGGCAUCACAUUUCUUGGAGUGCUGAAAGCUUGUAGCCACGCAGGGUUGGCCGACGAAGCAUUGGGCUACUUUGCUAGAAUGCAGAAAUUCUAUGGGUUGGAAGCAAGUAGUGAUCACUAUUCAUGUUUAGUGGAUGUAUUAAGCAGAAGUGGGAGGUUACAUGAUGCUUAUGAGAUUUUAAAGGACAUGCCAGUUAAGGUGACCGCAAAGGCAUGGGGAGCUCUUCUAGGGGCAUGCCGGACUUAUGGGGAAGUGGAGCUCGGAGAGAUUGCUGGGAAAGGGUUAUCUGAGGUAGAGCCUGGUAAUUGUGCUAAUUAUGUUUUGUUGGCCAGAAUCUACUCUAGCAUGGGGAGAUACGAGGAGGCCCAGAGAAUUAGAAGGGAAAUGAAGGAGAAGGGAGUGAAGGUUGAUUCUGGUAGUAGCUGGGUGGUGUGACAGGAUUAAUGGCAUUAAUUUCGAGCAUUUGCCAAUAUGAAAUUCACCUGAAGAAGGUAUAUGACCCAGACACAUAUUUUUGGAGGCAAGCAGCCUCUAUCUGGUUUUAAUAGGGGGGUUUUUAAUGGCUGAUAGCUGGAUGGAAGCUUUCCUGGAGGAAAUCUCUUGAGCAAAAAAGAAGGGAAAGUGAAGGAAAAAGAUGCUCUCGGCUCGAGAGAUCAAGGGACAGAGAACCUGAGUUGGCGAGGGCAGUAACAUCUCUUACAUGCCCACUGGUGCAGUGUUCCAUGGACUUGGAAGAUUGCUUAAAUGGCCCUUCCUUGCUGUGCUACGCUCAUUAUACCUCGACUGCCUAUUAGGGAUAAGGAAGAUGCCGUGUUUAUCAAGAACAGAGGGAACUUUUUAUCUAAAUGUCGAUAUGCUUGUAUACAAAGUCAGAGGCAUGUUAGCUGUUGAAGCACACUUUGUAAUGUACCUUCCGACCAUUCUUGUUCCUUCAUUUGUAACAUUCUUAUAUGAAAAAGGAUGAAAUACCCGUCUGCUGCACUGCAGUCAGCUCAUCUUCUGAUUACACAAACUCGUGGAAAGUGUCCUGUCCUUCACUUUCAGUUGAAAGUGAGUAGCUCUAGAGAUGCACUCUGCAACUGUAAAAUGGUGCUUUCGCCAUGCCCAACUAAGAAAGGCGAGUGCUUUGUAAAUGGCUCAG